UUAACAUGUCACACAAAAAACACACACAAAAAAAGAAGGAAAAAAGAAUCCACCACCAAAGCGAAGAAAACCAGGAAGUGGUCCAGGUAUUUUCUCCGCCGUCAGGGCUCCUCAGGUGGAAGAAGCACUCCGCAGUGAACCUGUGCGCGGACUUAUUUUGGACCGGUGUCGGUCUUCAUUCAUCCAUCGCAGGGCGAGGACCUGGAUUUGGCAGCAGGGCGUGCUGCAGCUUGUACUUUGGUAUUUGGCAGUCAACGUCCAAAGGUCAACCAGCGUGAAACCGAGAUUUGAAACACCUUACGCAAGAUGGCUUCUGUUUGGCAAAGUGUCCUGUCCGCGCACCAGAGGCUAGUGGACAAUGGAGACAAGAGGACGGACCCGUGGCUGCUGAUCUACUCCCCCGUCCCGGUGUCGAUCAUCAUCCUGCUCUACCUGUGGGUGGUCUGGGCCGGACCUCGUCUGAUGAAAGACAGACAACCCGUGGACCUCAAAGUCAUUCUCAUUGUUUACAACUUUGCCAUGGUCGGCUUGUCUGCCUACAUGUUCUAUGAGUUCCUGGUCACAUCCUGGCUCUCAAACUACAGCUACCUCUGCCAGCCUGUAGAUUACAGCACCAGCCCGCUCGCAAUGAGGAUGGCCAAAGUCUGCUGGUGGUUUUUCUUCUCCAAGGUCAUCGAGCUUAGUGACACGAUCUUCUUCAUCCUGAGGAAGAAGAGCAACCAGUUGACUUUCCUUCAUGUUUACCACCACGCCACUAUGAUCCUCAACUGGUGGGCGGGGGUCAAGUAUGUGGCGGGCGGACAGUCGUUCUUCAUCGGCCUGCUCAACACCUUCGUUCACACUGUGAUGUAUUCUUACUACGGCCUGGCUGCCAUCGGCCCUCACAUGCAGAAGUACCUGUGGUGGAAGAGAUACCUCACUUCUCUGCAGCUGGUGCAGUUUGUGCUGUUCAUCCUGUACACGGGCCAGAAGCUGCUCGUAGAGUGCGACUUUCCCACCUCCAUGAACAUACUGGUGUUUUGUUACUGCAUCACCCUCAUCAUCCUCUUCAGUAACUUCUACUAUCAGAGCUACCUCAACAAGAAGAAGCAGAAGUAAGAUGCCUAAGUUUCUUGUGUCUGCAGUACUGACCAGCAUCCACUAGAGGGAACAAUAUGACCGCAGUCUGGAGGCUUUUCUCAUGGUGCUCAUCAUCAACUGCCAGGCAAACAUUAAAAAAAAAAUGACAGAUAUAUAUAUAUAUAACUAAUGUGAACAAUUUUAGUACGUUAUGCAUUUUUUGUAUUUUAUAUAAAAUGUCACAUGCCAAAGUAGA